CGCACCAAGUGAUUGCAGCACUCCGCGUAUCCGCGUAUCGGGGGAAUUCGGACGAAACGCUCAUUUUCAAUAUCCCAACGUCGUGGCUGAACAGAAUCAGGAAACCCAAUCCUCCAAACGAUACACACACCCGGAGGAUCAUGCUCCUACAUUAACAAUUGGGAGUCAAUCAUUGACAAUCCGUGUCGACGUCUCUGACAACCUAUACGAACAUGGCGCCCCGAGCAGUCAAACCCGUCUUGUACGGGCUCGCCCUCGCCCUCUCUCUGCACUUCGCUUUCGCUGCCGCCGCUUCUGACUCAACAGCCGAGAAAGAGGUUCCUGUUACCUUUUCCACACUCGAGAGCUUAAGUCUUGAGGAAUUGGAGGAUGAGCUACAGCAAUGUCCCAUUGUAGCCUCGCUCUCAGGGGCCAAACACGCCCGCUUUGCGUCACAAUCGUCCUCGUUCCUCGCUCGGGUUUUCCAGGUGCUCUUCCCCUCCAGUCACCCGGCCAUCAACUCUUUGCUCGCGACACUAUACAUCUCAGGCCCCCCCAACAUGCUCCUCGCCCUCUGCCCGCCUGACAUCGACCCGGCCUCACUGUCCGUCAUGGUGGCCUUCGCCGUCGGGGGCCUGCUAGGCGAUACCCUCUUCCACCUGCUCCCCGAGAUCUUCCUGGGCGAGGACGAGCCGGAUCACGCCCGUUUCGUCCUGGUCGAACCGAAACGGAAUUUGCUUCUCGGCGUCGCCAUCCUGGUUGGGUUCAUGACGUUCGUUGCUAUGGAUAAGGCGUUGCGGAUCGCCACGGGAGGUGCAGGUGGGCACGACCAUUCUCACGGUCACGGUCACGGUCACGGUCACGAACAUGGCGGGAAUAAGGUUGUCGCCGAGGCGGUAGCCAGCGGCGUAGACGAGGUCCCGGAGGGCAAAGCGAGGGCGAGGAAGGGGAAGAAAUCGAACGAAGAGCCGCAGCAAGAGGUCGCGGAGAAAGUGGCAAGUCAGGACGACAAGGAGGUGAACGCCAGUGUCAAGCUCGGGGGUUACCUGAAUCUGAUCGCCGACUUCACACACAACAUCACGGACGGCCUGGCCAUGUCAGCGAGCUUCUAUGCCUCCCCGACCAUCGGGGCGACUACGACCGUGGCUGUCUUCUUCCACGAGAUCCCCCACGAGGUGGGCGAUUUCGCGCUGCUCGUCCAGUCGGGCUUCAGCAAGCGCGCCGCGAUGGGUGCGCAGUUCGUCACGGCGAUUGGGGCUCUGCUGGGUACGCUCAUUGGUAUCGCCGUUCAGGAGCUCGGAGGCAGCGGCGCCGGAAGUGGGGCCGAGGGACCGAUGGCGCGGAAUGCGGGCGUCUGGGGGACAAGCUUGAGCUGGGGCGACAUGCUUCUCCCCUUCACGGCUGGGACAUUCUUGUAUGUCGGCACUGUGGCAGUCAUUCCUGAGCUCCUAGUGACGGGUCCCAACAAGGGUCAAGAAGUGCGCAAGACGCUGGUUCAGUUCGCAGCAAUUGCCCUGGGGGCGGGCAUCAUGCUCUUCAUUUCGUGGCAAGACUAGAUAAACUUUGGGGUGCUUAGACUGAGGGUUCCUUGUUACCUCGGUGUUUCUGGAGAUAUCGUCUUGAGUAUCAUCUCAAGUGGGCAUAUUAGACGUGAAUAUGGGACAAUGCGAAGCGAAUCGAACUUGACGAAACAAUAGAAGAUGGAGAAAGAGAUGCGUUUGGCAUGACUUGUGUACCAGGAUAUAGAAAGGGGGGGGGGGG